ACUCUCACUAUUACUAUUAUUAUCUACUCCUUCUCCAGCGACCAAGUCGGACCCCUGACUUGUCGCUCCUCACCUCCCCGCCGUCGUGACCUACUCCUUCUCCAGCCCAGCUGCUCCUCCUCCCUCCGCCAGCUUCUCUAUUUUUUCCUCUACCUUCGCUCCCGAAUCUUCUUCUUCCUCCCCGCCACCACACCCCCAACCCGAUUCGAGAUAUUGGAUUAGUGAAAUUUGAAAGAAGAGGGAGAAACAGAGGGGAGUCUCUCGAGACCAUGGCCGCCGCUGACCUUACCAUCUCCACACUCACACUCGCCGCUUCGAUUUUUAAUUUCCUCAACGAGAUCGGGAACAGGGGAGAGAAGGAGGGGAAGGGGGCUUGUGAUUGGGCGAUGUCAGCGAUGUUGGCGACGACGAAUCGAAUCUUGUCCCAGGAGAUUGUCCUCUUUAUUAGCUUGGAUGUCAUCAAAUCCAAUCUUGGUAGGGUAUUUUCCAUAGUUCCGCCUUCCAUGGUCAAAGCUUGCGGCAUUGUUAAGUAGGUGAAUCUCUUCAGUUGGCGAUUGGGUGCACAUUUGCAUCUAUUAUCUCUUCCAUCUCGCAGCCUUUUUUUUUUCUCUCAAAUCCCAGAUUUAGACCAGUUCACCGUGAAUUGGGAGCAGGCUGUAUGGCGACUAUCGAGGCCCCGUUCGAUGGCAUAUAUCUGAUGCAUGUGAGAAUGCAUCGGAGGAGGGGACUUUGUGAGAAUGGAUUGGCAUCUUGGGGAUUUUGUGAGUUCGGCGGUAGAGUGGAGAGGUGUCUCUCAUAGGCAGGGAUUGGUUCACCGUCGUUGUCCACCGUCGAAUACGAAAAAAAUCCCCAAAAUUUAGGGUUUGGUUCACCGCCACUGUCCACCGUCGGGGUUUCCUUGAAGCUCGGUUGUGGGCUUGUCGUCGCUCCCUAGCCGACUUGUGUGUAGCGGAAAUGAGGGUUUGAGAAGAGGGAGAGGUCGUGUAAGGUGGACGAGAAGGGUAGAGGUCGGAGAAGACGAUGGAGAUGGGUUUUAUUUUUGUAAAUUUGUAAUUUUCUUAUUUUAUAUGAAAAAUAAUUAUAAAUUAAUAUUAUAAAUUCCA